AUGACAAUCUCUGGUCUCAAGCUGCAUUACGUUGUUGCCGACUAUGGUGGAUUUGGUGGUCCUAUUCGGAUGCUCCUUGAUGAUGCAGGCGUCGAUUAUGAAUACAAUUACAUCCCCUUCCAUGAGGAAUUCCUUACCAAGGUUAGGUACCAGUGGGUCGAAUCAGGUCACCCAUUUGACUGUGCACCAAUGAUUGAAUUGGAUGGCAAGCGUUAUGGUGCCAGCCAGCCCAUUAUUCGUUUCUUGUCAAAGAAAUUGGGUAAAUACAUCCCAACCGAUGACCUCGAUGCCGAGCAGUUUGUCGAUGCCACCACUGAUUAUGCCAUGGAUUGGGCUCGCACCGUGUUCAGGGCUAAAUACGUUGGGGGAGAAGAAGGCCUAGAGGAAUACAAAAAGACAGAGUUGGACAAGUUCUUUACGCGAUUCAAUCGCAUUUUUGGUGUGCAUGAGGGACCAUAUGCUCUUGGUCAAGAGAUAUCCUAUUGUGAUUUCUAUGUCUACAUUGUAAUGAGCACCGGGCCCAACAAAGAGUUCAUCGACAAGUACCCCAACAUGGCUGCCUUAGCAGAAGCCAUCAGAGCACGUCCCAACCUUAAGGAAGCUUUGAAGCAUUUUUAG